AUGGCAAGAGUAUCUCUCGACCUGGACGACAAGGGUGACCUGCAGGUAUUGGGCGCUGCCGGUUGGCGGCGCGGCAUGGGUAUGGUACCCGGCGAACCGAAUCAGGGUCUGGUGGCGGAAAUGCGCGGGGUUCCUGCCCGCCUGCCCGAGUACGACGAUUCCGGCUGGGAGCAGCCUGAUUCCAUUCAGGAAAGGCUGUCCGUAGGAUUCACCUUUGCCUGGUACCGCCUGUCCUUUACCAUGCCGGAAAGUGUCAAGGGACAAGCAUCGGCCGGCAACCGGGUGUUCUUCGAAUGCAACGUAGACAACUACGGAGAAGUCUAUGUCGAUGGCGCCAUAGACCGGAACAUUGGCGUUAUAACCGGCAACAACACUUCCAAGCGCGUGGCAGUUUCGGAUUCAGCGGAACCGGGCAAGGAGCACGUGAUUGCCGUGCUGGUUGGCAAUGCUCCAUUGGGCGACCCUGUGGGCUCCAUCUUCUUCCGCCACGCCACCCUGGCUUUUGAGUAA